UGCACAUACAUUAUUUCAUUCAAUUCUUGCACUUUUUGAUCUGGGUUUUUUGAAUUUUGAUUUGCAUUGUCAAAUAUUUUGGGCAUGGACAUGUGCUUGGUUCCUUUUAAAGUCCCAAAAAUGCUGGGCUACAGUUUUCUUUGUGGCAAAAAAACCGGUUCUUGUGAUUUGUUUGUUUUGCAGGAUUUUAGUCUUGGAUCAAGCGCUUGAACAUUUGGGAAAGGACAACUAGUUGUUGCUGUAUUAGCUUUUGGUGUUUGUUUGUCUAAAAAUAGAAUCUUUAUCGUGAAACUGUGAGCAAUGUGUGUAGUUUGAGGGGUUGGUAACUUUUUUUCUUUUUUUUUUUUGGUUGAGAAAAGAAGGGUUGGUAACUUGGUAUAGCCUUAUAGGGAAAAGUUUUGGAAAUCUAACUAAGGAAAGGUUUUGAAGCUCUUUCUUGUUUUUGUAUUUGAUUGUGGUUAAUGGGUUAGGAUUGGAAAAGAGAUUAAUUAAUGGCCCCAGGAACUGAGUACUCGCCUCAAACAAAUGGUAUAGAUGGUGGGUCCAUGAAGGAAACUAGUGUGUUAGCCAUGGAGGAUCAGAACAACAACAACAACAACAAUAAUAAUGAUGAUGAGUCAUUGGGAGGCUUGGCCUCAACAAAUAUGAGGAAACCCCCACGAAACCUCUUUGUAAUGCGACACUGCACCAGCUCUACUUUCUUGGCUGAAUCAGAAUCAGAAAUUGGGUUUUUAGGCUUAAAGUCACCAUCAAAUGAGAAAUCUGGAUUUUUACCUAUAUUUCGCUCAGGAAGCUGUUCUGAGAAAGGGCCAAAACAGUACAUGGAGGAUGAGUAUAUCUCUGUAGAUAAUCUUCGUGAACAUCUUAGGAUAACUGCAAAAUUCCCUUCUCCUUGUGCAUUUUAUGGGGUGUUUGAUGGACAUGGUGGUAUUGAUGCAGCAUUAUUCAUCAAAAAGAAUAUACUUAACUACAUCGUUGAAGAUUCCAAUUUCCCAACUGGCACAAAAAAGGCUGUUAAAAAUGCUUUUAUGAAGGCUGAUCAUGCAUUUCUUAAUGCCUCCUUUCUUGAUAGUUCCUCUGGCACCACAGCAUUGACUGCCCUAAUCACAGGAAGGACCAUGUUAAUUGCUAAUGCUGGAGAUUCUCGAGCUGUGCUUGGCAAACGGGGAAGAGCAAUUGAGCUCUCUAAGGACCAUAAACCCAAUUGCACCGCUGAAAGACUAAGAAUUGAGAAACUUGGUGGUGUCAUAUAUGAUGGCUACCUUAAUGGUCAAUUAUCUGUGGCACGUGCUCUUGGAGACUGGCAUAUAAAGGGCUCCAAAGGUUCAAAAAGCCCCUUAAGCUCUGAGCCAGAAUUGGAGGAGAUCAUCCUGUCAGAGGAAGAUGAGUUUUUGAUAAUUGGGUGUGAUGGGUUGUGGGAUGUGAUGAGCAGCCAGUGUGCAGUUACAAUGGUGAGGAAAGAACUCAUGAUGCAUAAUGAUCCUAAUAGGUGUUCGAGUGCACUUGUUAAGGAGGCUCUCCAACGCAACACCUGCGAUAAUCUCACAGUUGUUGUGGUCUGUUUCUCCCCUGAUCCACCUCCUAAGAUUGAAAUUCCUAGAUCCCAAAAGAGGAGGAGUAUAUCAGCUGAAGGGCUAGAUCUUCUCAAGGGUGUCUUGAAUGAUAUAUGAACAACAUUUUCUAACAACUUGUAUAGACCAAAUUGGAGUGUAUGUAUCCUUUGGUGGGGCAUUUUUUUUUUUCUUGUCCUAGUGUUGCCCCUUGCUGCGGCUGGAUA